CAGCCCUCAUUAUUUUUGUUGGAGGUCCAUCGAACACCAAGAAAUAUCGGUUUGACUGACCACUCGUGAUCAGCUGUCGUAAAAUUUAACCAUGGUUUUAGUUUGGAUGAGUUUAGCGCGUAAUUCAUGAGUCCGAAUUCAACACGGUGGUACGCCUUGGCUAGUGACGUCACUCCGUUGUCAUCUUCUUCCCUCCUGCGUUCGUGAUUGUUAGCCGACGGCUAACCGGCGCUUUUUUACCGACUAAUUCGCGAUAUAAAUUUUCAUAUUCGGUUGGUUCCCCAGACUGUUUUUUUCGCUGAAAGGUCCCGGUUCAGUGGGUGUGCGCUCUUGUGGUUGAAACGGAAACAUGUACAAUGGGAUUGGCCUCACGACUCCCCGUGGCAGUGGCACCAAUGGUUAUGUCCAGCGGAACCUGUCCAGCAUACGAGUUAAGCGGCCACGGGACGAGCGUGGCGGUGAGCGAGAUGAGAAAGACCGAGAGCGACUGGAGAGUCAGCUGAACCGGCAACCCAACGCUGACAUCUUGGAGCACCAGCGGAAGAGACAGCUGGAGGUCAAGUGCGCCGAGCUCCAGGACAUGAUGGAGGAGCAGGGAUAUUCAGCUGAAGAGAUUGAGGAGAAAGUCAACAGCUUCCGCAUGAUGCUCCAGGAGCAGCAGGAGCCCACUUCCAAACCCUCAGAGAGACCUACAGCUACAGAGACUCAUGCACUAGCUGCAGCAAACCAGCAGAAGAACGAUCGUCUUCGCGCUGCGUUUGGGAUCGCCAGUGAUUAUGUGGACGGAUCGUCGUUCCACGCCGACCGCAAGGAGAAAGAGAAGGAGAAGCGCGAGCAGGAGCGACUGGAGAGGGAACGUCAGGAGCAGCAGAAAUACACGUUGGUGGAAGAUUCAGAUGGUUCUGAUGAUUCUGAUUCUCCUCCAAAGAAGCGCAGUCGGAAGAAGAAGAAGAACAAAAACAAGAGCAGAGAAAGCUCAGAAAGUCCGUCCCCAUCUCCACGCCCAGAGAAAAAGAAAGCCAAAAAGAAGAAGAAGAAACGUGAGGCAGUGGUGGAGGAUGACAGCCAAAGUUCGUCAGAGGAGAAACGCAAGCGAUCUAAGAACAAGAAAAAGAGUUCCAAAGCAUCUCGUCGCAGACGCAACUCCAGCAGUUCUGCCCACAGCGACUCACCGGUGCUGGUCAAGGAGGUCCAGGCACCGAAGCAGAACCACCAUGCAAAUGAGUCCAGAUCACCUGAUCGCUCCAGGCGGAGGGUCGACGAGCCAAGCUCCAGACGUCCUGCAGAUGAAGGGAAGAGAGACGAGUGGAUGAGAACUGCAGACAAGACCAAAAAGAGACACGACUCCUCCUCACCUUCACCACCUCCCCCCAAGAGGAACAGAGAAGAGGAUAGGAGACGCCCCAGGAGUCAGGAAAAUGAGAAGGACAGGGGGAGGCGCUCACAGAGCAAAGAAAAGCAAACGGGACGAAGGUCCAGGAGCAGGGAGGCGCAGAAGUCAAGGAGGUCCAGGAGCAGGGAGGUGGAAAAAACAAAGAGGUCCAGGAGCAGGGGGGUGGAGAAGUCAAGGAGGUCCAGGAGCAGAGGAGUGACAAAACAAAGGAGGUCCAGAAGCAGAGAAUUGACAAAACCAAGGAGGUCCAGGAGCAGAGAGAUGGAAAAACCAAGGAGGUCCAGGAGCAGAGACGUGGAAAAACCAAGGAGGUCCAGGAGCAGAGAAGUAGAAAAAUCAAGGAGGUCCAGGAGCAGAGAAGUAGAGAAGUCAAGGAGGUCCAGGAGCAGGGACAAAAGGGAAAAGAACGGUGGGAAACCGAAAGAUCUCCGGCAACAUCGACAUGACUCGUCCUCUCCAUCUCCACCCAUCAGCAGGAAAAGGGCUGGGGAGGACAAACCCAGAGGUGGACCUGAGGAGAAAUGUCAGUCCUCCUCUUCAUCACCUCCUCCUGACAGGUCCAGAGGGAGGAGGGCGACAAGCUCUGACCUUUUACCGCAUGAGGGAGACAGGAAGAAAGACAAUGGGAAAAGGAGGGAAGAUCGCAUGUCUCCCCCUCUGCCAAAAACUGACCGUAGAAGAGAAGAACGCACCUCCAGGAACUCUUCUUCACCUGACGCUCGCUCUGUUGCUGUUGAAGAGAAGAGAUCGGACCGGGAGAGAGUUCCACAGAGGGCGAAAGCCAGGGAGGAUAGCCCGGAACGCAGUGCACGCCCGUCAGCUGAAGGCCACCUAGAGGGUUCAGGAUCAAAGGUGCACAGUAGGGAGCUGGACCAGAGGGAGGCUGGAAGUCUGGGGAGAAAGAAGGGAGCAGAUGAGAAAGUCAAGCAGUCCCAGAAAAAGCCCGCGAGCAGCAGCAGCAGCAGUAGUGAUAGCGAUAGUGAUUCUUCUUCUUCUUCGUCGUCCUCCUCCUCCUCCUCCUCCUCUUCUUCGUCAUCAUCUUCAUCUGAUGAAGAGCAAACUGAGAAAGGGAACCAGGCCAAGAGGUCGGUUGGAGCUGCUGUUCAGAGGUUCAUAGCUAACGGAAGAAACCAAAGUCCACCUGCAGACCGUGGACGGCCAUUGGAGAAGGAACCGCCAAAGAGUUCCUUGUCACCUGCUAAAGUCCCUCAUCAGUAUAGCCGGGGCAGGAGCCCAAGUCCCCCACCAGGACGAGGAAACUCCACCUCCCAGCACGACCAUUCAGCUGACACUCGGAGGAACCAGAAGGGUCAGGAGAGUCCCAGAAAUCCAGCCCGAAGCACGCCACCGAGGCAGUACAGAGACCCGCCACCUCGUCCAAGCCGAGGGUCUCCUCGCGCCUGGUCCGACAGGGACCGGGACAGGAAUAGCGACUGGCAGUGGACGCGCCCCGCGAGGCGGAGUCGAUCCAGGUCUUACAGCCCCAGUAGACAUGAGAGAUCCAGACCCAGAAGCCCGAGGAGACGCAGUAGGUCCAGAAGCCCCAGGAGGAGGAGCUCCCCAGGCAGGUUUGGUCGCUCUGCAUCUCCUCAGAGGAGGAACUUGUCUCCUCAGCGAAGGAGAACCAGUCGGUCACCGGUUCCUCAACGAAGGAGAACCAGUCGGUCACCGGUUCCUCAGAGAAGAAGAACCAGCCGGUCACCAGUUGCUCAGAGAAGAAGAACCAGUCGGUCACCAGUUUCUCAGAGAAGGAGAAGCAGCCGGUCACCAGUUCCUCAGCGAAAGCGAGCCAGUCAGUCACCAGUUUCUCAGAGAAGGAGAACCAGCCGGUCACCAGUUCCUCAGCGAAAGAGAGCCAGUCAGUCGCCAGUUCCUCUGCGAAAGAGAACCAGCCGGUCACCAGUUCCUCAGCGAAAGAGAGCCAGUCAGUCACCGGCCCACCAGAGAGGGAGAUCCAGUCGCUCCUCAUCCAGAGGAAAAAAGGAAGCGCUUCAGAGGAACCAGCCGAGAGAACAGAUAAAGGCACAGGCGACAGCUCAGCCACCCCGUUCUUCAUCCUCCUCCUCCUCCUCCUCCUCUUCCUCCUCCUCGUCAAGCUCCUUGUCGUCCUCCUCACCUUCACCGCAGCGAGACAAGAAGAGCACCACCGAGCAGGAGAAUGAAAAGAGGAGUCACCAACAGGCUCCUUCCAGAGACUCGUCACUCAUACAACAAUCUGAGCAAGACGCGAGACACGUUCUCAUCACGUCCAGAAAGUCCCCAGGUGACAGCCAAUCAGAGGCCAGACCGUCAUCCCAACGUUCCAGCAAGAAGCCGUCUUCCCCUUCACCCCAGCGCAGCGUUAACGGAAAAGAGCCGAACAAGAAGAAGCAGGAGAGCAGCAGCUCCGGCUCAUCAUCCUCCUCCUCCUCGUCCUCUUCCUCUUCAGAGAGCUCAGACUCUGAGUCUGAGAAGGAAAAACGUGCGGGCAAAACUCAGGACUCCUCAUCUGAGAGUGACCACCAGACGAAGAGAGCCAGUCCGGCUCGUCCUGCCAGGAAUCCCGCCGACUCUCUCAGAGAUUCCCGUUCGCUGAGCUAUUCCCCUCCGUCAUCCAUGAGGACGGCAAGGUCCAACCACAGGAGCGACAGGAAGUCCUCUCCAAGUGGUCGGUCUCAGAGAAAAAAGUGAAGCCACUACCCCUGCAGGAGUGUAAAUGUCGUAGUGGGCCUGGGUCACAACCCCAGCGUACCGGCCGUGUGGGCCAGAGGAUCUACUUGGAGUUUCUGUGAAUGAUGAGAAGAACUAGGAAGAGUGUGACUGCUAACUUCGUUCAAUCCCUUAUGUUGUUGUUGAAUUAAUAAAGUUAAUUGUACAUUUUA